AAACCAGACAUAAAGAUGGAGCCCAGCUCUGGAAGACCUGUAGAUUACCAAGUCAGCGUGACAGUGAUUGAAGCGAGGCAGCUGAUUGGACUGAACAUGGAUCCGAUGGUCUGUGUGGAGAUUGGAGAAGAUAAAAAGUACACCUCAAUGAAGGAAUCAACUAACUGUCCCUACUACAAUGAAUAUUUUGUGUUCGACUUCCACGUCCCUCCCGAUGUGAUGUUCGACAAAAUCCUGAAGAUAUCUGUAAUUCACUCCAAAAAUCUGCUGCGAAGUGGAACACUGGUGGGAACUUUUAAACUGGAUGUUGGCACAAUUUACACCCAAGCUGAUCAUCAGUUUUACCACAAGUGGGCUUUGUUGUCAGAUCCUGAUGACAUCACAGCAGGCUGUAAAGGCUACGUGAAGUGUGACGUUACAGUUGUGGCCAAAGGGGAUUCAAUAAAGACUCCACAUAAGGCCAAUGAAUCGGAUGAAGAUGACAUCGAGGGCAAUCUCUUAAUCCCAGAGGGUGUGCCUGCAGAGCGACAGUGGGCUCGUUAUUACCUGAAGAUCUACAGAGCCGAGGGACUCCCCAGAAUGAACACCAGCAUCAUGGCCAAUGUCAAAAAGGCCUUCAUCGGAGAAAAUAAGGACUUGGUUGAUCCUUAUGUCCAAGUACUGUUUGCUGGGCAGAAGGGGAAAACUUCAGUUCAGAAGAGCUGCUAUGAGCCCAUCUGGAACGAGCAAAUCGUUUUCACAGAGAUGUUCCCACCACUUUGCAAGCGCAUGAAAAUCCAGAUCCGAGACUCAGAUAAAGUAAAUGAUGUUGCUAUAGGAACACACUUCCUGGACCUGCGGAAAAUUUCUAAUGAUGGAGACAAAGGCUUUCUUCCCACAUUGGGACCUGCCUGGGUUAACAUGUACGGCUCCACUCGUACCUACACCCUGAUGGACGAGUACCAGGAGUUAAACGAAGGCCUCGGAGAGGGAGUGUCCUUCAGGGCCCGACUGCUCAUCAGCCUUGGCGUCGAGAUCCUGGACCCCUCCUCUCCUGAAAUUACCUGCUCCACAGAUGUGCAGCUGGAGGGAGUGCCCAACAUCUCAGAGACUGCUGCUGGGAAGGUUGAGGAGUUUUUCCUCUUUGGGUCUUUCCUUGAGGCCACAAUGAUUGACAGAAAGAUUGGUGAUAAGCCUAUCAACUUUGAGGUCACCAUAGGUUACUAUGGGAACGAGAUCGACGGGGUUGCCCAGCCAAAAACCAAAGGGAAGAAGAGAGACGGUGACGAGGAGGAAACCGAACUGAUCCACAACUCCAGUGAGGAGGAGAUGGAUGAUGACGGGGACCUGACGUCAGUGGCGAUUACUCCUCCCAUGAAACCCGUCAUUACUGAUCGAAAUUACUUCCACCUGCCGUACUUUGAGAGGAAGCCGUGUAUCUACAUCAAGAGUUAUUGGCAGGACCAGAGAAGGCGACUGUACAACGCCAUCAUUAUAGACAACACUGCAAAUAAACUGGAGGAUGGACUGAAUGACGUGCAAGAGAUCAUCAAGACGGAGAAGUCGUAUCCUGAACGCAGACUGAGAGGCGUCCUCGAGGAACUCAGCCAGGGCUGCAAUCAGUUUCUUGCGCUGGCAAACAAGGACCAGAAUCAGUCAGGCAGAACCAAACUUGACAGAGAGAGACUGAAGCUGUGCCUGUAUGAAAUGGAGAGCAUCGGCCAGCAAGCUAAGACCAUGAGGACACAGGUGAAGAAAAGCACGGUGCGAGAUAAACUCAAACUGGCUCAGAACUUUCUCUCAAAGCUGCGCUUCCUGGCUGAUGAACCUCAACACAGUGUUCCUGAUGUGUUCAUAUGGAUGAUCAGUAACGGGAAGCGCAUCGCUUAUGCACGCGUUCCUUCCAAAGACAUCCUUUAUUCCAGCGUAGAGGAGGAGACGGGAAAGGACUGCGGGAAAGUUAAGACAAUCUUUCUGAGGAUCCCGGGUAAGAAAGGUUUUGGGCCUGCUGGAUGGACUGUCCAGUCCAAGUUAGAGAUUUAUCUGUGGCUGGGUCUGACCAAACAGCGCAAAGACUACCUGAACGGCCUACCCAAUGGAUUCGAGGAAAAUAAGUUGUCAAAAGGACCUGGUCUGCCGUGCUCACCCCCUAUCAGCCUCACCUACAUGAUGAAACAGAUCUUCCAGCUAAGGGUCCACAUGUACCAAGCACGCAGCCUGUUUGCUGCUGACAGCACCGGUCUGUCUGAUCCCUUUGCAAGAGUCUUCUUCUCAACUCAAACCCAGGUCACAGAGGUGCUGGCUGAAACUCUUUGCCCCACAUGGGACCAGCUGCUGGUCUUUGAAAAUGUGGAGUUGUUUGGAGAGGCAAGCGAACUGAGAGAUGACCCUCCCAUUAUCGUCAUUGAACUCUAUGACCAGGACACAGGUAAAGCUGACUUCAUGGGCAGAACAUUUGCUAAGCCUAUCGUCAAGAUGGCGGACGAGCACUAUGGUCCACCACGCUUCCCCCCUCAGCUGGAGUACUAUCAGAUCUACCGUGGGAACUGCACCGCUGGAGAAAUGCUGGCAGCCUUUGAACUGCUGCAGAUUGGCCCCAAUGGGAAAGCUGACCUGCCUCCCAUAGAUGGUCCCACAGACAUGGAUCGCGGCCCAAUCCUCCCUGUACCUCUUGGGAUCAGACCAGUGCUCAGCAAAUACAGGAUUGAGGUUUUGUUCUGGGGCUUGAGGGACUUGAAGAGGGUGAAUCUGGCCCAGGUGGAUCGCCCACGUGUGGACAUUGAAUGUGCAGGGAAGGGAGUGCAGUCCGCCCUCAUCCCCAACUACAAGAAAAACCCCAACUUCAGCACUCUUGUCAAGUGGUUUGAAGUGGAUUUGCCUGAGAACGAGCUGCUUCACCCUCCACUCAACAUCCGAGUGGUGGACUGCAGAGCUUUUGGCCGCUAUACUCUGGUUGGCUCCAAUGCUGUCGCCAGCCUGCGGAAAUUCAUCUACAGACCAACAGACAAGCAGGCCAACAACUGGACCACUACAGAGGAAAUUAUUGUUGUCAACAUGGAAUCAGAGCCUUCUUUCAAGAAGAUGGAAACUGUGGUCAAACUCGACUCGUGCUCUGAUGCUGUGGUCAAAGUUGAGGAUGAUGAUAAGGAUGGAAAGGGGAAAAAGAGGAAGAGGAAGAAGGGUGAUGAGAUUGAAGAGGAGGAACUUGACGAGAGCAUGUUGGACUGGUGGUCCAAAUAUUUUGCCUCCAUUGAAACUUUGACAGAGACUCUAAAAGCUCAAGAAGCAGCUCUUUCAGAUACAGAGGAAAAAGAUGACAUGGACAUAGCAGAAGGCGGAGAUAUCAAACCUGAUGACUCUCCUGUAAAAGGCACCAAGAGAGGAAAAGGAAAGAAGGAAAAGAAGAGGCAGUUGGAUCCGUUUGAGAAGAAAAAGCCGAAGCUGGAUGAGCUGAUGGUGUACCCUAAAGAGCUGGAGAGUGAGUUUGACAACUUUGAAGACUGGCUCCACAGUUUCAACCUCUUCAGGGGAAAAGGCGGCGAUGAUGAUGACCAAGACGUGACAGAUGAGGACAGAAUUGUUGGAAAAUUCAAAGGCUCAAUGUGCAUGUACAAAGUGUCGGAUGACAUGCAAAGAGACAUGAGCUUUGACUCCAACAUGGGAAUGUUUCAGAACAUUCCUCACAACGAUCCCAUAAACAUCCUUGUCCGCAUCUAUGUUAUCAGAGCAACUGAUCUGCAUCCAGCUGACAUCAAUGGGAAAGCUGAUCCAUACAUCGCAAUCAAACUGGGGAAGUCAGAAAUCAAGGACAAAGAGAACUACAUCUCAAAACAGCUGAAUCCUUUGUUUGGAAAAUCCUUUGACGUGGAGGCAACGUUCCCAAUGGAUUCAACUCUCACCGUGUCCAUUUACGACUGGGACCUUGUGGGAACCGAUGACCUGAUUGGAGAAACCAAACUUGACCUCGAGAACCGUUUCUACAGCAAACACAGAGCCACAUGUGGUGUCACCUGUAACUACGCCAUCCACGGUUACAAUGUUUGGCGAGACCCAAUGAAACCAACGCAGAUCCUGGCUAAGCUGUGUAAAGAUGGCAAACUGGAUGGGCCUCACUACGGCCCUGGAGGAAGAGUGAAAGUGGAGAACCGCGUCUUUAUGGCACCCACUGAGCUAGAGGAUGAAAAUGGUCUAAAGAAACAGUCGGAUGAACAUCUGGCUCUGACCGUGUUGAAACACUGGGAGGAAAUCCCUCGAGUUGGCUGCAAACUUGUCCCAGAACACGUGGAAACCAGACCACUGCUCCACCCUGAUAAACCUGGGAUUGAACAAGGGAGAAUUGAGAUGUGGGUGGAUAUGUUCCCGAAAGAUAUGACUGCACCUGGCCCCGCCCUUGACAUCUCACCACGGAAACCAAAGAAGUUUGAACUGCGAGUGAUCGUUUGGAACACAGAUGAGGUUGUUCUGGAGGAUGACGACAUCUUCACUGGGGAGAAAUCAAGUGACAUCUUUGUGCGAGGCUGGUUGAAGGGGCAGCAGGAGGACAAGCAGGACACAGAUGUCCAUUAUCACUCCAUCACCGGUGAGGGCAACUUCAACUGGCGCUACGUCUACCCCUUUGACUACCUCAUGGCUGAGGAGAAAAUCGUCAUCUCAAAAAAGGAGUCCAUGUUCGCCUGGGAUGAGACCGAAUACAAGAUCCCUGCUCGUCUGAAUCUGCAAGUGUGGGACGCUGACCAUUUCUCUGCAGAUGACUUCUUAGGUGCAAUUGAGCUGGACCUGAACCGCUUUCCACGUGGUGCCAAGACAGCCAAGCAGUGCACCAUCGAGAUGGUGACGAAUGAAACAGAGAUGCCCACGGUCUCCAUCUUCAAACAGAAGAGGAUUAAAGGCUGGUGGCCAUUUGUAGCCAGAAAUGAGGACGACGAGUUUGAACUCACGGGCAAAGUGGAAGCAGAGCUGCACCUUCUGACAGGAGAGGAAGCAGAGAAAAGCCCAGCUGGUGAAGGACGAAAUGAACCAGAUCCACUGGAAAAGCCCAACCGCCCUGACACCAGCCUUCUGUGGUUCCUCACUCCCUUCAAAGCCUUAAAACACUUGGUCUGCAACCAGUACAAGUGGCUGGCCAUCAAGAUUGUCACUGCUCUCCUGCUGCUGGCCAUGCUGGCUCUUUUCCUCUACAGCAUGCCUGGUUACAUGGUCAAGAAAAUGCUGGGAGCUUGAGAUGUUUCCCAAGACAUCUCUGCAGAAGGUUCCACAUUUUCACUAACCAGAUGGCUUCUUACCCUCUCUUAUUCUACUUCCUAUCAACCGUCUCAAUCACAGCAUUUUAAAAACUAAAAAGGAAAAAUAAGAAGAAGACCAAAUGUCGCCAAAAGCAUUACACUGGCUUAUAAAUAGUUUGCUGCAUUGGAUAUGCCUUUGUUGGCUCUUGGCUGCCA